AGCCACAUUGACAGUUUUCAUUCAUUAAUCAAAUAAUGAAUUUUUAUUUUAUCCAACAAUAACAUAUUUAUAAAAAUAUAAAACAGAAAAAUUCAAAAUAUUUCAACUGUACAAAUAUUCGGAACAUGUAAAAAUGGCAUUGGCAGACGACGAAAACCAUUGGAUCAGCGACCUAGAAAAUGCUUUGCUGGAAGAAUGUUCAGUCUCCGAUAUUUAUUGUAUUUGCAAGGGAAAACCUUUACCAGAAAGUUUACGUCCAGAAGUGUGGCAGAUUUGCCUCGAUGUAAGAGAUAAAGGCAACCAGCUGGACCACUUCAAUGAAGUCUACGAUCUUGCAAAUCAAACAGUAUUAAGAGAAGACUGUAAAAACUUUGUUGCAAAACUAGGCAACGAUGAAGAAGACAAAAUACAAGUAAUUUCAGAUCUGGAAUCGAUCAUCACAUUUUACUGCAAAAGCAGAAACCUGCCUUAUUCCCGAAACAACGGCUGGAUUGAAAUAUUGUUACCCAUACUCACUUUGAAAGUCCCUAAAUCUCCUACUUAUAACCUUUUUGAGGCUAUAAGGGACACAUUUAUCCCCCAAAGUUGUGAAAAAGAUGGAAACGCUUUUCACAUUUUAAGACUUCUACUACUCUAUCACGAUCCUGAAUUAUGUUCAUUUUUGGACACCAAAAGGAUAACUCCAGAAAACUAUUGCCUAACAUGGUUUCAAUCUUUAUUUGCAGCUACCUGUAGUUUACCUGUAGUAAUCAACAUGUGGGACUACUAUUUCCAGCAAUCCGAUCCUUUUUUCAUAUUUUUCCUGUCACUCAUAAUGGUUGUAAAUGCCCGAGACGAAAUUAUGUCUUUGAAAAACGAAUCUAGAGACCAGAUUAUUGCUAGUUUAUCGAAUAUGCCUUCUAGACUUGAAGCUGAUGACGUUGCCGAUUUUUGUUCUUUGGCCCAGUAUUAUGCUGUGAAAACUCCAAUGUCUUUCAGGCAAGAUCUGAUGCAGACAAUUUAUAAUGGGAAAAUGGAUUCGACUCUGCUGGUUUCUCAGGCGCUUUGUUUGCCGGUGUCUGUACACGAAUUGGUUGACAAUAUUGCCAGGGAAUCUACAAAUGUUGAUGCUGUGAGAUUCUUUCUGGUUGAUUGUCGACCUGUGGAGCAUUACAACGCCGGCCAUUUACCUACAGCAUUUCAUUUAGAUUGCAAUUUAAUGCUUCAAGAGCCUAGUGCCUUUGCUACGGCCGUUCAGGGUCUUUUAAGUGCACAAAGACAAGCUUUAGCUCACAACUCAACAGCAGGUGGUGAACAUUUAUGCUUCCUAGGAUCAGGAAGCAACGAAGAAGAUCAAUAUACUCACAUGAUUGUGGCUUCGUUUUUGCAAAAACACACCAAAUACGUUUCUCUAUUGACUGGUGGCUAUUUGGCACUACAUGAUUAUCUGUCUGAUAAUUUGGGUUACUUGCAGGACCACAGUCCUAGGCAUUGCAUUGUUUGCAUGCCAAAUUUCACAGCCAAACUUGAGAGGCAGGCCAACGUAAAAACGCCAGGCCAAUCUGGUGAUUUGUUUGGUAAAAUAUCAGCAGCGAUGAGGUCCAAGUCUGCAGAGGUAACUGGAAAACUGAUCGAAUAUAUUGUGAAUCCCAGCAAUAGUCCUGUGCAAGAGAGGCACGUUUCUAGCAACGAUAGAAUUGGCAGGAGAUAUAGGGAUGUUGCACCAGUAUUUAGUAUAGAUGAUGAUCAUGAUAAUGUGGCUAAUAUUGAGGAGCAAGAAAGAGAAGACAAUCACGAAAUGGUCCAAAUCCAAUCCUACUUGAAAAAACCUGAAAUAAUCCAGCAUUUUCCUUGUCAAGAAGUGAGAAUGAAUGGAGCAAUGUUCAAAAGUCAUCUGAUAGUUACUGAAUGUGAGCUAAUAGUACUGAGGGAAGUGCCUGAAUCUAGAGGUGCAGCCGAAGUGAUUGUCAAACGCCCUCUAUCAGCUAUAGUGAAAAUAACUGCUAGAAAAAGGCAUCCAGAACUGAUUACUUUCAAAUAUGGGGUACCUGAUGGGGAGAAUUUGAAAAUAUCCGAUAUGGAUAGAUUUUUGAUUCCUAACGCUGACAAGGCAACGAAAGUUGUUUCUGAUCAGAUUUUGAAACAAUUAAAAGCUAAAGAAUAAGUUAUAUGUAUUAAAACAAAAAAGUUUAUAUUAAGUGUUAACCAUUUUUUAAGAUAAUGCUUGUAUGUAGUUAACAUUUUUAUUUGUUGAAUUUUUUGAGUCUAUAUAAUAAAUAUCUUAAUGUGGUUUAUGUUUUGACUAUACUUGAAAAAAGAAGCCGAUUACAAACUACAAUAAUAUCACAAAAAAAAAAAAUCUACUCUGGAUUAUUAGUUUGCUGAAUAAAAAGCUUAUUUUUCUGUCUAGUUAUUUUCGCUUGGGGCGGCGGAAGUACGUUCUGAAGUUGCCUGGGAACUACUUCAGUAGUACGCGCUAUUCGAGUUAUUCUUGUAAUUAGACUGCUCUUAUCCAUUUUACUUGUAGCACCACUCACUGGCCUUGGUAUAGCUUGUUUACCUUUAAAAAUUAAUUUAAUCAAAUUGCUAUUCAAUAGAGUAUUAAAACAACUAACCAAAUAUUCUCAAUCCUCUGCUGGUAUCACCUCCAGCUGCUCCACCAUCGUCAGCCAAAUGCCUCAAAACAAGAUGAAUUUUAUCUUCGUGCUGUUGCUGCAAAUGUAUAACACGUCUUUCCCCUUCUAGUCUGACUUGUUGUAAAUUGUGACUCAAAUUCUGGACUCUACUGAUGAGAGUUUCGUUUUGAUUUUCAUAGUCAAUUACUUGUAGUUCUAGUUUUUUGCCACUCAAACGAAGCUCAAUAACCUAAAGAAUUUCUUGUAUUGGAUGAAAUAUUAUAUUUUGAACAAAAAUUACCUUUUGAAAAUAUCUGUACAACAACAUGCGCAUUUCGUUUUCACUCAAAUGCAUCAAUCUAUCCAUGAGCAUGACAUCUCCAGGCUCUUCUACGAUUUCCACUGUUUUAUCAUUUAUACUUUUAUGCCCACACAAAAGUUCAUUUUUAUAUUCUAUAGCCAAAUCAAUAGCUUCAAUAGCUUCUUCAUAUUGCAGCAGCUUCUUUUCUUCAAUUUCAUUAAGUAUUUUUUUGUUUUGCGACUUCGUAUCUAUUUGACAUCGUUGCUCAACAAGAUACUCUCUAGUUUUUCGCAGAUUUCGAAUUUCGUGUCUGUAUCUUUCGAGUUCUUCACUAGAUAGCGACAAACUGUUUUCUUCCAGGUCAGAAUUUGAUAGUUUCAGUAAAACCAAAGCUUUAGAAUCGUCGUAGCUUUUUGGAGUUUCAUUAGAAGUGUUAGUAUUUUUGUUUUCUAUUAUUGAAGAUUCGCAUGUUUGCUUUUUUCGUUCUUCGCGUCUUUUGAGCUUUAUGACUUUUUCCAUUUGCUUUUUUGACAUCAGCAAACUGCCUUCCAGCUCUUGCAAACGUUUAUUGUCGUCCUCUGUCAUGUUUUUCAAGACUUCAACGUCUUUUAGUUUGGUUUCUACUUCGCCUAGUUCUUCGCGAUAUUUGGUUUCUAGGAAAUGAUUGUUGUUUUUACGUGCCAAAGUUACUUUGUCUUGGGUGCUUCUGAGCUCUCUUUUUAAUUUUUGGCAUUUUUGUUCGAUUUUACUGUGCGCAUUCGAUUUUGUGUCUUUGUGUUGCAACAGUUGCGCUAUAUGGUUUUCUUUUACUUUUAUCGUUUGAUCUAAGUCGGCCAUUUGUUUAUCGUAGCCUUUGAUUACA